CCCCUCGACAGCAGAGUCGCCCAACAGAAAGGCUCACGUAAGACAAGGCAUUGAUAUAAGAAUUCGCCCCCGCACAUCAACGCUGCAAGACGAAUUGACUAUCUUGUCUCCAUACCUCACAUCACCACUAUCAUCAUGGCACCCAUCAACUUCGGCAUCAUCGGCACAAGCUGGAUCACGGACUCUUUCAUUGAGUGUGCUCAAGCUACCGGCAAGUGGAAUCUUGCUGCUGUCUAUUCUCGCACAGAAGAGUCAGCAAAGAAAUUCGCUGCGAAGUACGACAGCCAAAAAGUCGACCUGCACACCGAUCUGAACAAGUUUGUCAACGACUCGAACCUGUCCGCCAUCUACAUUGCCAGCCCCAACAUCUUUCACUAUGAACAAGCUAAGCUCGCACUCAAUGCAGGCAAGAACGUCGUUUUAGAAAAGCCAUCGUGCAGCAGAGUCUCAGAACUCGAUGAUCUAUUCAAGAUCGCACGUGAGAAAGAUGUCUUCCUCAUCGAGGCCUUCCGUCACAUCCAAGAAGCCAACUUUAAGACCCUGAAAAAAGCCAUCAGUAACCUUGGCCCCAUCUACGGUGCCUCGCUCACAUACGCGCAAUACUCCUCUCGCUACGAGAAGGUCCUGGCCGGAGAGACGCCAAACAUCUUCAAUCUGGAGAUGGGUGGCGGCGCGCUUGUCGAUCUGGGUGUAUACUGCGUGUCAGCCGCUAUUGAUCUCUUCGGCGCCCCCAAAGACGCAAAGUACUGGCCCAACAUUAUCGCCACAGGCGCUGACGGUGGCGGCCGCCUCGUCCUGGACUAUGGCAAUUUCGUUGUGCAUCUAUGCCACAGCAAGACCUACAACAGCGACGCUCCGUCGGAAGUGUACGGCGAGAAGGGCACACUGAUCGUCCCCACAAUAACGGAUAUCGAGACGGUCACGCUGUGGGACCCGAAGACGAAGAAGAGGGAGCAGCUGGCGGGCCCGGAGACGAGGGUGAAGCUCAAUCUGCAAGAGGAGGCUGAGGAGUUUGCGAGGGUCAUCAAUAACAGGGAUCGGGAUGCUGAGAAGCACUAUGAGACUCUGUCGAGGGAGAUUCUGAGGGUACUGGAGAAGGUUAGGAAGGACAAUGGCCUGUUCUAUCCCGGCGACAAAUAAGGGGUGAUUCGAUUGUGUCUCAUCUCAGCUGUGGCUUCUGUCUAUCGACGCCCGACUUACACGGAAUUUGAGUUCUUACAUCUCUUCCGUCAGAUGAAUGAGAACUCGCUUCAAGAUUCGCUGGUGCCACAACACGACCCUAACCUAUCUGACGAAGUGACUC